AUGUCGAAGAACACUGUAUUGAUAACGGGAGCGGCUGGUUGGCUGGGCGGCUUACUUUCUGGAGCUCUCCUCGCCGACCCUCAGACACCGGACGUUAGCUUCAUCCUUGCGGACAUCGUGGAACCCAAGGCCCCCGCAGGAGCUAAAGCUGUUACCAUCAAGGCUGAUUUGACGAAUCCUGAUGAAAUCGAGAAACUAUACCAGACAGAGUUGGGUACUCCAGAUACCGUGUACUGUCUGCACGGCAUCAUGUCCCGUGGGUCGGAAGACAACUUCGACCUUGGUUUGAAGGUGAACAUUGAUUCAAUACGGCUAAUGCUCCAAGCGGCCCGUAAAUACGGCGCGGACAGGCCCGCUCCUAUAAGAUUCAUCUUCACUUCGUCUCUUGCUGUUUACGGCGGCCCCCUGUCUGACGUUGUGACACCUGAUACGAUCGCAACGCCUGAAGGUGCCUAUGGUAUGGGAAAGCUAACUUCAGAGCUUCUUGUCAACGAGUUUUCGCGACGAGGGUUUGUUGAUGGGCGUAUCAUCCGUCUUCCUACCGUCGUUGUCCGACCAGGGGUCCCCUCGGCGGCGACUUCUGCAUUCAUUUCAGGUAUCAUCCGAGAGCCGCUGAAAGGCGUCAAAGCUAUAUGCCCUGUUGGUAGCUCCUUCGAUUCGCCAGAGCUCGAACUCGCCGCGUGGCUUGCUAGCCCCGAGACCACCAUCAAGAACUUUGUGCAGGCGAAACACGUCCCUGCAGAAAAGUUCUUGAAGCAUACCCGUGUGGUGUGUCUGCCUGGAUUCACGGCGACUGUACGACAAGAACUAGAGGCUUUGGAGAAGGUUGCUGGCAAGGAGGCCUUGAAGCUCGUUACGUUCAAGGAUGACCCCAUCAACCGACGUAUUGUCUCUUCUUGGCCGGCUAAGUUCGACAACGCAUAUCCUUUGAGUCUCGGCUUCUUCGUUGAUGAGGGAGGUAUGGAGCCAAUCGUGCGGCAGUUUAAGAAGGAUGUUGAAGCUGGUAUCGCAUAA